AUGGACGUCCGCCUCCUGGCCCGUGGCCUCCGCGCCAAACCAACACCAUGGCUGCAACAAACCCAAGCUCUCCCCCAAUUCACCCUCGCCAACGUGCGAUACAACUCCAACUUCCCAAACAGAACGCCACCUAAACCCACAGCCGAAAGCACACCUGAAACCACCACGCCGCCGUCCGACUUCGACGACAUCCUUAAAAAGCUCGACCUUAACCAGCGGCCCCAGGCCAACCCCGGCGCUCGCCGAAUCUUCGCAGAUUCCCUCUCCCGAGCCGUCGGCACCGGAUCCCAGAGCGGUCUUCGAUACCGGUCUCGCACGCUCCCUCCAGUCCGCAAGGUCGAAAUGAAGCUCGGCCCUACCCUCGGCCGACAGGCCCACGUCGAGCCUGAGCGCGGCACCGAUCUUGCUGGUGCUCUGCGCAAGCUGCAGCUUACUAUUGCACAGAAUAAAAUUCGCCAGGAGGCUGCUGCGCAGCGCUUCCACGUCAGGAAGGGUAUGGUUCGCAAGCAGAAGAAGAUGGCUCGCUGGAAGAAGCUUUUCAAGUUCUCGUUCCAAGGGACUGUGCAGAAGAUCCAGCGGAUGCAGGCACAGGGCUGGUAG